AUGGAGCAACAGCGACUCUUAGCAGCGCGAGCAGCCGCGCGCGGUAUAGCUCUUGGCGCAAAGGGCGGCGGAACCGGGGGAGGCGGGGAGGGGGAGGGAGCCGGCGGAGAGGACGGCGCCGCAGCUGGGCCGGAGGCUCGGCCGAGCCUGUUGGUGAAGGCGACGAUGCUGAAGAAGGAGGUGCCGGAGCUGAGCCACACGGAGCAGGUGCUGGCGGAGGAGAAGGAGAUGUUCGAACGGCUCAGCGACCGCAAGACGCUCAUGAGCGUCAAGGAGCUCGCCAAGGGCAUUCAGUACACGGAGCCUCUGUGGACGGGGUGGAAGCCACCGAGGCACAUCGGCGCGAUGAGCGAGGAGGAGCGCGCGGAGAUCCGCAAGGCGUGGCACAUCCUGGUGGACGGCGAGCACGUGCCGCCGCCCAUCAAGAGCUUCAAAGACAUGCGCCUGCCCGAACCCUGCCUGCGCGUGCUCAAGAAGAAAGGCAUCCUCCGCCCCACGCCCAUCCAGGUGCAGGGCAUGCCAGCGGUGUUGGAGGGCAGGGACAUCAUCGGCAUUGCCUUCACUGGGUCGGGGAAAACGCUCGUCUUUGCGCUGCCCAUGGUGCUCAAUGCCCUACAGGAGGAGGUGCGCAUGCCGCUGGUGGCGGGGGAGGGCCCCACGGGGCUCAUCGUGUGCCCGUCGCGCGAGCUGGCCCGGCAGACGUACGACGUCGUCAACGAGUUCGCCGACGCCCUCCGCAACGACCGCCGCGAGCGGUACCCGGAGCUGCGCAGCAUGCUGUGCAUCGGGGGCAUUGACAUGCGGCAGCAGCUGGAGGUGGUGAAGCGCGGCGUGCACAUGGUGGUGGCCACGCCGGGCCGCCUCAAGGACCUGCUCAACAAGAAGCGCAUGAACCUCGACAUCUGCAAGUACCUCUGCCUGGACGAGGCGGACCGGCUGAUCGACCUGGGGUUUGAGGACGACAUCCGCGAGGUGUUUGACCACUUCAAGGCGCAGCGCCAGACGCUGCUCUUCUCCGCCACCAUGCCCAAGAAGAUCCAGGCCUUCGCCAAGAGCGCGCUCGUCAAGCCCGUCAUGGUCAACGUGGGCCGCGCAGGUGCAGCGAACCUGGACGUGAUUCAGGAGGUGGAGUAUGUGAAGCAGGAGGCCAAGAUCGUGUACCUCCUCGAAUGCCUCCAAAAGACGCCGCCCCCGGUGCUGAUCUUCUGCGAGAACAAGGCGGACGUGGACGACAUUCACGAGUACCUGCUGCUCAAGGGCGUGGAGGCCGUGGCGGUGCACGGCGGCAAGGACCAGGAGGAGCGCGAGGCGGCCAUCGCCGCGUUCAAGGCGGGCAGGAAGGACGUGCUGGUGGCGACGGACGUGGCGUCCAAGGGGCUGGACUUCCCCGACAUCCAACACGUGGUCAACUACGACAUGCCCUCUGAGAUCGAAAACUACGUGCACCGCAUCGGCCGCACGGGGCGCUGCGGCAAGACUGGCAUCGCCACGACGUUCAUCAACAAGAACCAGAGCGAGACGAUCCUGCUGGAUCUGAAGCAUCUGCUGCGCGAGGCGAAGCAGCGCAUCCCUCCGGUGCUGGCAUCGCUGGACGACCCCAUGGACGACGCCGAGGCGCUGGCCGCCGCGUCUGGCGUGCGCGGGUGUGCGUUCUGCGGCGGGCUGGGCCACCGCAUCAGCGAGUGCCCCAAGCUCGAGCACCAGAAGACGCAGGCCAUCUCCGGCUCACACAAGGACUACCUGGGGUCCGGGGGGUAUGGCGGCGAGAUGUAA